GGGCGUCGGGGUCCGCAGGGGAUUAGCCCGCGGUGGGCGCGCCUCAGGUCGCCAUUUCUUGGCGUCUCCGGAGGAGCCACCCGUCGCAGCCUCGCGCGGUCAGCUCCCCUCGUGGCCGCGCCGCGGUCGCAGCCCAGUGACCAAGAUGCUGAGCUUCUUCCGCAGAACCCUCGGUCGGAGGUCGAUGCGUAAACAUGCUGAGAAAGAAAGGCUCCGAGAAGCUCAGCGUGCUGCCACGCACAUCCCUGCGGCUGGAGAUGCAAAGUCUGUCAUCACGUGCCGGGUGUCCCUCCUGGAUGGCACUGACGUCAGUGUGGACUUGCCGAAAAAAGCCAAAGGACAAGAGCUGUUUGAUCAGAUUAUGUACCACUUGGAUCUAAUUGAAAGCGACUAUUUUGGACUGAGAUUUAUGGAUUCAGCACAAGUAGCACAUUGGUUGGAUGGUACAAAGAGCAUCAAAAAGCAAGUAAAAAUUGGUUCACCCUAUUGUCUGCAUCUACGAGUUAAGUUUUAUUCCUCAGAACCAAAUAAUCUUCGUGAAGAGCUAACCCGGUAUUUAUUUGUUCUUCAGUUAAAACAAGAUAUCCUUAGUGGAAAAUUAGAUUGUCCCUUUGAGACAGCUGUGCAAUUGGCAGCUUAUAAUUUGCAAGCUGAGCUUGGUGACUAUGAUCUUGCUGAGCACAGUCCCGAACUUGUGUCUGAGUUCAGGUUUGUGCCCACUCAGACUGAAGAGAUGGAGCUGGCUAUUUUUGAGAAAUGGAAGGAAUACAGAGGUCAGACACCAGCACAAGCUGAAACCAAUUAUCUGAAUAAAGCCAAGUGGCUAGAAAUGUAUGGGGUUGAUAUGCAUGUGGUCAAGGCUAGAGAUGGGAAUGACUACAGCUUGGGACUAACCCCAACAGGCGUCCUUGUUUUUGAAGGAGAGACCAAAAUUGGCUUAUUUUUUUGGCCCAAAAUAACCAGGUUGGAUUUUAAGAAGAAUAAAUUAACCCUGGUGGUUGUAGAAGAUGAUGAUCAGGGCAAAGAGCAAGAGCAUACGUUUGUCUUUAGACUGGAUCAUCCGAAAGCGUGCAAACACUUAUGGAAAUGUGCUGUGGAGCACCAUGCCUUCUUCCGCCUCCGAGGCCCUGUCCAGAAGAGCUCUCAUCGAUCAGGAUUUAUUCGAUUAGGAUCACGGUUUAGAUACAGUGGGAAAACUGAGUAUCAGACCACAAAAACCAAUAAAGCAAGAAGAUCAACAUCUUUUGAAAGAAGGCCCAGCAAACGAUAUUCUCGGCGAACCCUACAAAUGAAAGGAGGUACAGGAAAACCUGAAGAACUCAGUGUUCACAAUAAUGUUUCAGCUCAGAGUAAUGGCUCCCAACAGGCUUGGGGUGUGAAAUCUUCUUUGCCUGUGAUUCCUUCCAUUCCCUCUGGUCCUGUGCUUGUGGAGGUGGAGAAUCGUCCAAGGAGUCCUGCAGCAGAUCAGCAUGACAAGAAAUGCUUGCCUCUGAAGAUUGACUUGCUAGAUAGUCCAGACUUACCAGAAACAACCAUUGAUGAGGUAGUUGGGGCAGCCGACACUCUGGACAUAUCCCAAGUAUCAGAUGAAAUCAGCACAGCCCCCAGGCAGACUGGACUAGAGGAAUCUGAAGUUGAAUAUGGGACAUUAAAAGAUGCCUCAGAGAAGCUCAAACAUCUUGAGGUGGAGAAGAGUUCUUUGCCAUCCCCUCCUCCCAACAUCGAUGUUAACAUCAACAGCAAGGAGGAAGUGGUGAAGUUAACUGAGAAAUGUCUGAAUAAUGCCAUGGACAGCCCAGGACUGAAUGCCCGCAGAGUUCCUCCUGACUUGAAAAGUAACAUUUUAAAGGCUCAAAUAGAAGCCGUGCAGAAGGUUACAAGAGAAGAUAGCUUAUUAAGUCAUAAGAAUGCCAGUGUUCAGGAUGCUGCCACAAACAGUGCUGUGGUUAGUGAGAACAACACGCCCCUCCCUGAGGAGCCCCGUGCUGGGAUGUGUACCACACCUGCAGAAGGUGGUUCUGCUCUAAAGGAUGCUACAGAUGAAUUGGAUGCCUUGCUUCUAUCUCUAACUGAGAAUCUAAUUGACCACAAGGUCACCCCUCAGGUAUCUUCAGCACCAACGAUCACACCCCGUUGGAUUGUGCCACAGAGCACUGUCCUUCCUAAUGGGCUUUCAGGAACUGGACUGUCCUCAGCAGGCAAGGAGGGACAUGGUCCUAGAGAGGUCCCCUCGCUCAUCUCUCCCCCAGCUCCGUUCUUGGUGGAUGCCGUGACCAGCUCUGCUCCGUCUUUGGCUGAAGAAGCCACCUUGAAGCAGAAGUGCUUGCUGACCACUGAGCUCUGAGCGGUGGCCACCUCCUGGCCUGUGACCGAGGGCCGGGCCCUCCAGCUGUCCGUCCCAGAGUCCACUUCUACUGGAGCUGGAUCUGCUUGUGGGUAAAAAGCUCACCUAGGUUUGACUUCACCUUCAUGAACAAAACAGCUACAUUUCCGUCCAGCUGGAAGGGUUUCAUUACACUACACAUUUGCCCAAGAGAGGGUAUAUGAUCUUCCACUUCCUAUAAUUUUAUCCAAGCUGUAAAUUCCUGAAACCUGGGAAUUGCUUUCCCUGCGGUUUCCUCCAAGCCCCUGGCUCCCCCUAGUGGUGGUGACUGCUCACAACACCCCCAUAGGCAGCCGUCGCCGGCGUAGGCUCUCGCGGGCGCGCGCACGCUCGUUCGCUCGCUCGCGCUCUCGCUCUCGCUCUCGUCAGGGUGAGGGUCUUUGAUCCGAAUGUCUGUUAGGGAAAUUGUACCUUGCUGUGCAUUGCCUGGAAAUCAGGAAUUUAGGUAGAUUAAUUAUUACUAAAGACGUUUUUACAGUACAGACCGCUUUCAGAUGUCUCCCAUACUUUUGACUUUUUGCUGGAUGGCUAUCUUAAUACUCCACGUUUACAUCAACGUAAGAUAAACCUUGAGAAGAGCUACAGAGAACUCAGUUGCACAGUCUUUUCACUCUAGAAGGGGCUGGUGUUUCAAGAGACCCUGGGGCGUUUACCUCCAGGCACGCAUACUUGCUCCUGCUGCUGGGGACAAGCCACGGUAGACUCAGGGACUGAAGGGGCAGCACAGUAGCUCUUGGGUACCUACGGGGACGUGGGCGCCUUUUCCUUUUCAUGUAAGCUGAGUAAAUUUAGGGUUGUAAAGUGAAGGAUAAACAGUACCGGGAUAGAAAUAGGGAAUGGGGGGUGGCAGGGGACGGUGGUUGAUGGCUGAAACUAAAUGCAUCCUAUGGAAAGAAUGCACAUCUCACUCCACAUUAGGGAUUUUCUAUUGGUUAAAGAGUUCUCUAGAAUUUCCUCAUCAUUUUUGGUCUCUACAAAAAAUUCUGAAAAAGUAUUAUAUGCUCAUUAUACAAACUAGAGAAAAGAAUAAAAAUAACUACCUUCAAUUCCAGUGCCCAGAAAAAUACUCUUUUAGCUUUAAAAGUUUAGAAUGCAUCAAGUAAACCUUAGCCGUUGCGAGGAAUGAGGGUGAUCUGGAAAGUGUUGGUAAAGUUGCCGUUAAUCCCUGUUGUCAAGGGUUGCUGUUAAAGUAUACUUCCUGGAAUUUGGUUUUAGUUUCCUGCCCUGUGGUGUAUAUAUGUAAUAGAGCAUUUAAUGUAUGCUGUUCACCAUAAAAGAAUUCCCAGUUCCAGGAUCUUUAAAACUACAUGGUUUGGACUCUCCUGGGUUCGUUCCUUGUAGCAUAAUCACGAGGGUCUGUCUAGAAAGCUCAGGAACUUUCACCUUGUGCUGUUUCCCAGGGAGCUGUUGAGAUUGGAAACCACUCCUGCACAAAACAGUUUUGCUCAAGGAAAGAAAGUUGGCCCUUCUUGUUGGCUGCCUCCCCUUAGCUUGCGAAGCUUGUGAAUUUCAUUGGGGGAGCUCUUGCCAAUUCUUAAUUGUGAAACAGAUUUUCUCGCUGCUAUAGUGACAUCUAGAACAAGGGACAUCACAUUUUCAGUCCUGACGGCCCUGGAGGUAAAGGGCUAAGGUUGUACUUCCGGUCACAGAGCAGCUUUCUAGAUUUUGGAACUAAAUUGUUGAAAUAUCCUGUAACCUUUAUGUCUUCAAGCACCUGUAAUCUUGCCAGUGAGAAUAUUGAUAGGGACCUCUAAACAUUCCUUUGAAUCUCAAGUUAAAGGACACUUUGCCUCGCAUCCUGACAGGAACUGGUAAAUAUGGACAUUAAUGCUUUACUGAAUUAGCCCUACGCAGCAGAUACAUGUCAGUCUAAAUGUCAUUUCAUACCUGCUGCAGGUGCCGUUCCUGGGUGGCUAUGAUGCUCCCCUGUUCUGCUCAUUUUGAAUGGGGUGAGGGCAGGGCUGAGGUCUGAGCAGGUCAGGUAGAGGAGUCGCAGAGAGAGCAGCAGGCGAAGGAUGCUGACAGAGACUGGGGCUUGAGAUGACUGGACCAGAGGAGGUGGAUACACUGAAGUGGGGUGCGGGUGGGGGGAGGUCCAGCUGUGGCAGUCUUGCGGGCAGGUGGCCCUUGGGGCACGGUACCUGAUGACAGAGAAGCUUAACAUCUGCCUGUACAUCUGAGCCACCGAUAAACCCAGUACAACUCUGACCCUCAGAUGGCUGUUCACAGCAGCAGUGGGCUGGACAGGAGUUUUCUGUGUCAGAUGUGGUUCCCAUGCCACGCUGCAGUACAGCUGGAAGGAGCACUGGCCGUGUCAGGCCAGCAAGCAAGCACAGGUAUGAGUGGAGAGCGCAGGUUCGAGUUGGGCGCUCACUCCAGAGUGCAGGUGGUUAGUGUCCCUGCAGUGGGAGGCCACACGGAGGCGCCUUAGCGCUGAGAUAACAGAUCCAGUUUAGUAGAAAUAAUAGAAGGCCGCUUGAGUCACAGGCUCCACUCUGUGUCGCUCUCUUCCCAGUCUCUCCAGAGACAGAUUUUACUCUGGAAACAGACCAGGAAGAACCACGGUAGAGCUGGUGACUGUGAGCAGGUUUUAGGCGGCUGCUUAGAACGGGACUGUGGCUUGUGUCUAUUUGCUGUUGCCCCUGGUCUAGGGUGUGUGGGGCGCUCCAAGCAAGCGGGAGAGCUGAAGCCCAGGUCAGCUCGCUGCGCGUCCGGGGCCUGGUCAGGAAGGGAGAGCUGGCAUGGAAGUUGGCAAGAAGGUUGGCAGAUUUCAGGUUUCUCUGCUAGACUCUUGAGAACUUGAGAAAUAAUAGUGGAGUAAUAAAGGAGAUCCUGCUUCUCAGGGUCUCACUUUCGUGUUCACAGGAAGGGCUCACUGUUCUUGCAUCCCUUCCCUGGGGGAUAUACCCUGCUGAACAGAGGAGUGAUUCAAUUCCUUUGAUCGGGAUGAAUGUGGUGUUACCUGAGCUGCUUUCCUAAAACACUGAUGUUGUUUUAAGAAAAGAUCUUAUUUUGAUGUGGGAUCUCAGGUCCCAGAUCAGGAAUUGAAGGCAGGCAGCAGUGGUGAAAGCUCGAGUCCUAACCACAGACCACCAGGAACUGCCCGUUAUUAGCAAUAUUUCUUGUCAUCUGCCAAGUUUGUGUCUUACCUUCACCCACCGGAGCAGUCACAGCUGUUCCAUGGACAGUAAAGGAUGCAGUCCCUGGGUCAUCCUGCAUCUUGGCCACCUGUUCCUCAUGCGUCUCAGCUCCGGCUGACACUUCCUCUGUCUCUGCUUAGCUGAGCCGGGAGGGAAAGCUCCGGUGUCGCUGCAGAAACCUCCUUAGAGCAGAACUCUCUGGUGGUCACCUAUGUAGAGGAAGAGCUCGUGUGCUUUUCUGUAAGUCAGGCUCUUAGAAGCCAAGUUCUCAUCACUUUUAGGGCAGGGUCGGCAGGCGUUCUCUAUAAAGAGCAGAGGUGGCAGGUCCCGCUGCUGCAGAGGGCAACGGCUGUGUAGAUAUGGUGUGUAUGGUCCAGGGGGCUCCCUGGGAGCCAGGCGGGCGAUCACUGUCUGUCACUGGAGCAGGUGGGCAACCUCACUCACACUUGGACAAGCCGUGGUCAAGAGUCUCCCCGAUCUGAGGGGCUUCAAGGUCUCAAUAGUUUCUGAUUACUCUUGCCCUCAGCCUUAGCAACUGGAAUCUAAUGUAUAAUAUACAUUUUUAUAUUAUUUGGGAUUUUUUUUCCUCUCAUAAGUUUAAACACUACUCUUCUUCAAGAAAGUUGGAAGCUUUUCCUACCUUUUAGCCUCCAGGAUGAGGAAAUUUGUUUGGAUUAUAGAAAUUUGCCCUGAGCCUAACUCUGCUGAGUUAACUUGGUAGAGCUGUGAUUGCUUCUGGUUCUGAGAAGUGGGAUCACGAGCCACUGGAUCGCCUUGAUGGAGACAGUAAUUCUGGCACUGUCCAGGAUUUCUCUUCAUCAGAGGUGUCUUGAGACCCCUUGCUCUCGUUAUCUCAUGUCUGGGUAUGAUAGACAGUGAUGAGGACCUCACUAACUAUUUUGUGUUUACUUUUUCUAUGUGUAAAGCUUUGCCGUAGUUUUUAAAGUGUAAUUUAUUUUUAUAUCAAAUGUACUAUUCAUGCAGCAUGUUCCACGGUUUUAUAUGACUUGUACUAGAAGCACUGCACUGAACUGUGAUCGUUCUGCACUGUAAUGAUGACCGUAGACGUGACCACCAAUAAAGCUUUUGUGAAACACUUA